CAGUAUUCAGUUAACUUUCCAUUUUUCUACAUCAAAAUUGUGAACACAAGAAAGUCGUUUUAAGUUUUUUGGAAAAUCUAAAUAUAAUAAUGGGCAUCUUAGCAACUCUUCAGAUGAUCCACCUUGUGUGCGCUGCUCGCUGGCGACGUGGGACAGCGGAUGAUCCAGGCGCCAAUGUUUGUGGUCACAUUCCGAAAUUACAUCGCGGACAGGAGAUCCAGUUUUCAGGACACGUUUCCAAUUCCGGUCGCAGCGAUUUCGAUGAUAGGACCAUGACAUCCGUCAAAUAUCUGGGAUCCGUGGGGUCUCUUCCACAGUCGCGGAACACGAGCCAGUUUAUCAGGUGGCCAUUGAAUCUCUGCAACGAUAUCCGACAGAAGUUUCCUUUGCUAAUCGAAAACUCAAAGGAAUUCUCGUGGAGAUGUCCGUCAAGAAGCAGUGGAUGGCAAGGAUGAAUGGGGGAUGCUCUGAUCUUCUGUUGUAUAAAACAGAUUUUGAUAUUAAAGCUUCUGUAAUUCAUG